CUCGUCCUCUGGGCGCGUGGAGUCACACACCGCACACAUCUCGCGCUCAGUGAAGCCUGCGCGUGUACAUCCAGUGGUGGCCGACACAUCAACAUGAAAACUUUCGCGCUACUAGCGUGCUUUUGCGCAGUCGCGCAAGCUCAAUUCGGGAAUCCCCAAGGAUUCGGGCGCGGCUCCUCCCCAUUUGGCAGCCAGCAGGCUCCGGUGCAGUCCAGCCGAGGCGUGUUCCAGUCCAGGAAUGCGGUCCAGCAGCAGCCGGCCAGCCUGCGCCAGGAGGUGGCUGCGCCUGCGCAGUUCGCUGGAGCCUGCCGGGAGCUGAAUGAACGCUACCCCGUGUCGGGCAGCUGCGAUCGAUACAUUGAGUGCAUUAAUGGAACAGCAGAGGAGAAGCUGUGCCCCGACGGUCUCAGGUUCGAUGCCGACGUGAACUUCAACGUGUACCCCUGCAAGUACCCCAACGAGAUCCCCUGUCUCGAGAGAUCCUCCCUACAGCCUCCGCAACCAACAGCGGACUGCCCGAAUCAGUUCGGUAUCUUCAAGACCGGGGACUCUCGCAACUGCAGUGGGUUCCGUAACUGCGUGAACGGCGUCGGCCACGACUUCACCUGCCCCGAGGGGCUGGCCUUCAGCUCCAGUAGCUACCGCUGCGAGUGGCCCGAUGAGGUGGAGGACUGUGAUGCUGAAGCAUUCCUCGGCUUCCGUUGUCCUGAAGUGCCAAUCUCCAAGGAGCUUGGACCCCCAGCCGGCUUCAGAUACUACAGGUCCGACACGGACUGCCAGAAGUACUUCCUGUGCAUCGAGGGGCGGCCGCGCGUGCUGGCGUGCGGCGGCGACUCCGCCUUCGACGACCUCACCACCACCUGCGUCUCCGCUGACCAGGUAUCAGCCUGCCCCCCCGAGCUGCGCGCCGCGGCGGCCGACGCGCGCGAGCUGGAGCAGCAGCGGCUGGCCAAGCAGCUGCAGUACGACGAGCAGUUUGCGAGGAACCCGCCGCACAAGCGCCGCUUCUAGACACACACACACUCUUAGCCACUAGUCCAAUAUGUUGUACAGUCAUAGUGAAAUAAAUAUUCUGUUUUGUUAUA